AUGAGUGAAUCAGAAUAAACUAUUUACUUAAAUACAGAAACAGAUUUAAUUCAUAAUUAGAAAAAUAAUUUCUUAAACUGCAAUUGUGAUAGUAAACCCCGAUCUGAACAUUUAAAGCUAGGUUUACGCCAACCUCAAUUCUUUUACAUACCAAAUAAAUAUAAGGAUUUAAAAUCUCCUCAAUUUUAUAGAAAUUUUCCUGUCCAAAAUUCAGAAAACCAAUUUUACGGAAGUGGAUAAUAAAAUAUUGAUGAAUUUUAAAAGCAUUGA